UCCUUUUAUUUAUUUAUUUAUUUAUGAUUUUAAUUAUUUUUAUUAUAAGUUGUGACCUUUUCCUUUCUUCAAUAAUUCUUUCAUUAUAAUUUGCAUCUUUUCAUGCUUCUGCCCAAACCCAAAGCUCCUUUAUUCUCUGCCACCCUAAAAUCUAUACAUUUCUUUUUUCCUUUACAUUUCAUGCCCAAGAAAAUUCCACUUUCCCUCCAAACAAACAACCCAUAACAUAACCAACCAACCAGAACCAGUCUGUCCUCACUUUCUUUCUUUCUGUACCUUACUACCCCACUCACUUUCUCUCUACCCAAACAACAAUAAGAAAAGAACAAGAAAAGAAAAGGAAAAAAUGGCAGAGUUUGACUAUCAAGAACUUGUAAAAGCAACUGAAAGCUUCUCCCCUUCAAGCCUUGUAGGGAAAGGUAGUCAUGGAUCAGUGUAUAAAGGCGUACUGGUUCAGGAAAACAAGAUUCUUGCAAUCAAGAAAUCAUCCAUUGGUAUUGAUCAUGUUUUCAACGACAAUUCCAAGAAGCUUGAGAAUGAAAUAUCUGUGUUAUCAUCACUACGUCCGAGUCCAUACAUCAUCAGCUUUCUCGGAACAAGUAGUAGCAAGGAAAAUGAAAAGGAGAAGAUGAUGAUCAUGAGCAAGCUUCUUGUCAUGGAGUUUAUGCCUAAUGGUUCUCUUCAGGACCUGUUGCAUGCAGCUAAAGCACCACCUUCUUGGCCUAAACGUGUAGAAAUUGCUCUCCAAAUAGCCAAGGCAAUACAGUUCCUUCACGAAGGCAAGCCUUUGGUUAUUCACAGAGAUAUCAAGUCUGCUAAUGUGUUGUUCGACUCAAACUGGAACGCCAAGUUAGCAGACUACGGACUCGCCGUGUCACGAGUCGACUCAUCAACAUCGAGUCAUCAAGCGAGUCAACCCGCUGGCACGAUAGGGUACAUGGACCCUAGCUAUACUAUCCCUAGUAAAUUAAGUACUAAAAAUGAUGUUUUCAGUUAUGGAGUAGUUUUGUUAGAGAUCAUUAGUGGUAGAAAAGCUAUUGAUGUGAAUAGGUCACCGACUUCAGUAGUAGAAUGGGCAGUGCCACUAAUUCUGAAGGAGGGGCUAAUGGAAAUUUGUGAUACAAGAAUUGGGUUGCCACCACCAUUUAUUGAGGGCACGAUUAGGCAUUUGCUAUAUGUGGCUGCACGUUGUGUAUCUUCCAAUGAAGAAAAUCGCCCAUCAAUCGGUGAUAUUGUUAUGGCCAUGGGAAUGAACAAUAGUUGCUUGGUUGAAAGGGUAAGAGUAGCACCAACCAGCAGCUGGAUUGGCCUCAUAAGGAGUCUUAUGGCAAUUAGAAGGCAAAGAAAAUUGGCUAGAAAAUUCCAUGUCCAGAAAGGUGGAGAUUACAGUGAUAUUUCAAAAGGGAAGAUUUUAUUAAGGGAAAUACUGGCCGAUAUUACAAUCAAGGGGCUAGAAAAAAAAAUUAAUGCCAAGGUUGAGCAAAGUUGCAGAGGUUAAGAACUGAGUCAAUCAACUCAACUAGGUCAAACUUUGGAUUUCUUUUUCUGGGUGAAGUAUCAUGUUUUUUUAUGUGCGCACGAGAGUAUCAACCGUCAGAUCAAGUGGGCAGCAUUGAAUGAAUGCUCAGUCGCUCGAUUCAACGACUGAAAAGGAAGCAUGCAUAUGAGGUUAUGUGCAUAAAAUAAACUUUCAAAUUGUGAAUGACAAUAUUGAAUGAUUCAAGGGUUUGAAUAAAAUAAAACGAAACCUGCAGGGCAUGCAGUCCAAACAGAAGAUUCCCAAAAAAGUUGGUGGGUGAGGAAUAAAAGAAAGACUGGUUCGAUGCCCUGUCAUUCUAUUGUGAAUUCUGAUGUUACAUCUCUACUUUUGUUUUUGAAUUAUCACAAUUUACUAAUUAAAAUUGGAGUCUACCUUUUCUUUUUCUUUU